AUGGCAGAUGAAGCUUCGACAGCAUCUUCCUUGAGUGCGGUACCUAUCGCUCCUCCACAGGAACAUGAGAAACACCACGAAAACAAUGAAGAGGACGAAUGGGAAUAUGAAUAUCAUGAAGAUGAAUUCGAUGAUUUCUACGUAACUCUCGAUUUGACGGGCGUGGCCACUGCUUCCAAGCCGAAGGGCAAAGAGCGUGGCGCGCCAAGGUCGGAUAAAGAAAGUGAUGCUAUCGAUGGAGAUGACACCGAGGAAAAGACCCAGCUUCAAAUCAUGGAGCUCCAUGGCCAAAACCCGAUCAUCUCCUACGGUGGCAAGGUAUUCAGUUGUCGGUGGGCAUCAGCUCUUGGGACGGACCUAUACUUUUCGAAUGUUGUCGAUACAUUCGAGAUGAACGAAGACCCCCUCAAGGCUGGCAAGAAAUUCGACCUUCUCGGCGCCGGCUCCGCUCGUCUUGUAGCAACUAGUGUUGAAUUGAAAAAAAGAAGUGCUGGUGGUGAGGACGAAGUAGAAGGUAUAUUAACCAAUGGUCUAUCGGGAAGGCCUGGAUGGGAUGCCUCAGGUGGGAAACAAAGCCAGAUACGGUUCAUCAACCGCCUAGAAGCAGUCAAAAGAAAGAAAAAUGAGACAGACAGGAUCCCUUUGAGUGCUUUUCGACCGAAUCGGGUUUUUUCACAGCGUUACAGAACGCAAUACACCCCAUCUGACGAUGAAGAUGACGCGAUCGACUCACGUUCUCAGCAUAACUCCCCCACCGAAGGUACAGCAUUGCAGGACCACGUUGUCAAGUCAAAACCAAACAUGAGACGCCGGAAUAGGCCAGAACGGUCUCUACAUGGAGACAUAACGAAGAUGCGAGAUGAAUUCGAAGAGGAGAUGCGUAAGCAUACGCCUAUACCCCGAGAUGCGUAUACGCGACCAGGCGAAUCUAUGCCCCCGUCAGUUACAGGGCCUAGCAAUGCCCCUAAAGACCCAGCGGAUGACACGAUUGUUACAGGCACUGAGGACGCCCUUUAUUCCCAUGAGCCUGCUCCAGAAACAGAUGCGUCAUCAGAUGCAAGUCUCUCUAGCGAUACGAGCACCACGGAGGACGAUUCUGAGUCCGAUUCGGAUGACGAAGACGACUUGUACGAGGACGAUACAGAGAUGAUUGACGCUGAGUAA